ACAUAAUAUAUACACCGAUAACGGAUCGCAGCAGAAGGUCGGCAACUAUGGGCAAGAAGAAGCGGCGCGAUGACGGCGCCGGCGAGGCCACGCAGCGACGCAUCUUCUGCUACUACUGUGAUCGCAACUUUGAUGACGAGAAAGUGCUGAUCCUGCACCAGAAAGCGCGCCACUUCAAGUGCCCCACGUGCCACAAGAAGCUCAGCACCAUCAGUGGCAUGAUCAUCCACACCCAGCAGGUGCACAAGGAGACGCUCAAGAGCAUCCCGAACGCCAAACCAGGCAAAGAAAGCGUCGAAGUCGAGGUCUAUGGCAUGGAAGGCGUGCCAGACGCUGAUGGAAACGUCGCGAAGAAGCCACGGUUGGACGUACCUAUGAUGGGCGGUUAUCCUGGUCAAGGUGUGCCGUUUAUUGGCGGCCGACCGCCUCCUCCGAUGCAGUUUCCGGGUGGAAUGGCUCCACCUGGUGUCGGUAUGCCGAUGCGACCUCCACCUCCACCUAGAGGGUUUCCUGGGGGUAUUAUGCCGCCUCCUCGUAUGGCGGUACCGCAAGGCUACCCGCCAUACGCUGGUAUGCCGCAGCAAUGGGCAAGAGGCCCUCCACCACCCGGCGCAGUAGUGCCUCCUCAAGCUGCACUUGGUUAUCCGAAUCAACCGCCUCAGAUGGGCAUGCCACCAGGAACUAUAGCUCCUCAGGGUGUCACAGUCAGCAAUACGAACGUGUUCGAUGGCGCCGCACAGAAAGCAGUGAAAAACGAUCUGGGACUUGUGUAUGCCGACGAAAACGUGUCCAUGGAGGAAAAACGUGCACUUCGACCGAAAUACGCUUACAAGCCACUGGGACUAACUGCGACCACGAGUGGGAACUGAAUGACCUGGGUUUCCUAUUGCUGAACCGACCUCCAUGGGAUUGGAGUAAGGAUAUGCAUCCGCUCAAUCAAGUGCAGUGUCAAUGUAUGGAUGGUACGGUCUGCUUUGGCUGUGGGAUGACACAUUGAUGAAGGGCUUAAAGAAAUUCAUUUUCCUCACUCACUUGUUGAUGGUUGGCUCCCUACUCAAAAGCGCAGAAGCGAGCGUCUAUGUGAGUUCUGCGUUGAUAGUAAUGUCUCCUUUGUGAUUCUUAUUUGUUAUUUGAUUUGUUAUAGCACGACAGACACCAUAGAAACGGUAGACUUGCUUACUACAAGUCUGGGUAUCCGCCGUAUUUGGAGCAGUAGCUCUUGAAGGUGGCCGAUACGGGACUGGCGAUCUGUUCCAGAUCGUUCUCUUGCUCGUUGUUGUCGUCUGCAGCGUUGUUGCCGAGUUGUACUUCCGGCUCAACGUUUGCUUGGCUCCAGUUCAUGGUCGGACCAGGUACGUUGAGCUCCAUCCUGUUUGGUCUAGGACUCCUGCACCCACUGCCUGUGCUACUAGAGAAGGAGGACGCCGAUUGAGCUGCCGGGUUCUCAUCAUUAUUGUUCGCGACAGGCAUCGUAUUAACGGUGCUCAUCGACUGGAAGGCUGCGAGAUUAAAUGCUCGUCUUGAACUGUAUCCAUUGUCAUCUCCACCAGCACUGCCGAUGCUGCCAACCGAUCGACUGUGACUCAUCCAGCGAGUGAGUGGGUUGUUUCCAAGCGAGUUGCUACGGCCGAUAGAGCUGUUACCGGUAUUGUUACCAUGGUAAUAUGGUGCCGAGCUGCGUCGUGCAUCGGCUGGAGAGUCAUAAACGCGAAGAAACACGUUUGUCGGAGAAGCCACAGAGUUUCUCAUGUCCGGGAUUGGUUCUGGUAAAGCUGGCGACGCUGCGGGCAGAAGUGGAGGUGUCAUAGGAGGCGGUUGAUAGCCAGCUCCUUCACUGUAGUGACUUCUGAGGAACGAGCGCCGUAUGAUCCUCGUGUGGGUCUUCACUUCUUCCUGGGUCACAUUGCGGUGGUUACCUUCCUCUUCGCCAUUGCUGGCAUUGAGAUCAACAAAGAUACCGGUUAAGCUCAUAACCAGCACAAGACUCGGCAUUGUAAGUGGAGUGAUGACAAAGAGCGACAACGCUGGGAAAAUCACCAUGAGAGCCAAGAGCGCCGAUCCGCCACCAUUGGAGGCUGAAGAAUUCGUCAUACUGCUGAUCUCCACGAGCGAAAGCCACACCAAGUAGAAAGCUUGACCAAUUGUCGCGAACUGGAAGAGUCGAAGGAGCAGCUUCGGACUGUUGAACCAGAAUCGAUCGUCGUGGUGGUGUAGCUGUCGGUGACACAAUGCUGACAUCUGCAUGCGGAUUACAGCGCGGACAGCCAGAGCCGCGGCCUUGAACUUCAUCGGAGCCUUCUUGUGUCGACCAUAUUCAGCGGGAUUGGAGUCCUCCUCGGUCGAGUCAUCUACAGAUACUGGAGGAGAGUCAGCAUCAGAGUUCUGGUCGCGCUUGCUUGGUCGACUUUUGUUACGCGCUCCUGAAUUUUUGAUCACCUUGUCAAGUCGUGCUUGGAUAUCUCUGUUGGUGAUAAUACGGAGACGGUCGUCAACGAUGCCACGUAAGAUCUUCAAUACUUUGAAGAAGAUGACGACGUUCACUAGCAACAGCAAGCCUCCAACGCCAAUGAAGAUCCAGUGGUCUUGAUUGGGAAAAAAUGACGGCAGCAGACAAAUGACGAGCAGGAUUAGGAACGCACUUGGGUGGAUGUUCGUCAUGUGGUACAGCAGGUUGCGCAUACAGAGCACAUGGUACUUGGCGUAUGUCAUCCGGUUCUUGGCUUCCUCGGUCUCUUGCUCUUGUUCAGCCCAACGCGUUGGUCGGACGCCAAAUAAACGCUCCAUCUCCAAUGGGUUUUUGUAAAUGUAGCCACUCCGGUUCUGACAAAUGUUGUACGCGAGGAUUUCAAAACUUUUCCAGAGAUUCCACUGCUUGCGGAUGUUGAAGUGGAACCACCAGCCUUCCCUUUGAUAUCUCUGCAGUAGGAGACUGUACGCGCGCGAUCCCAUGACCAGAUCCAUGCCGGAUGGAGCUCUCGCUCUACCCAUCCGAUUCACUCCGUCUGCGUCUGAGCGUUGACGACCGCGCAUGGCAAUGUAGCAGUCGUCAGACGGCGUGUCAAGCGUGCGAUCUCCAUCGUCCAUGAAGCUGCUUCCUGAGCUGUAAGGAUUAAGAUCGCGAGCCAACGAGGACGCGUCUCGGAUAAAGGAAUGCCGCAUGCGACGGGUGCCGCCGCAGUCGUCACUGCCGAUAAAACUGGGGUAUUGUGAGGAGUACGUGUCGUCGUGGAUGUCGCUGAUGCUCUCGCGACUUUGAUCCGGGUGGUUUUUGAUCUCCCAGACGAGUUUUGGUACGACUGUACCGAUGAAAAGCAGUAGUAAUACAAUCACGAUGAAGUAGAUCAUAGUGAGGAACACGAUGUAGUGGAAGAACUCGUAGAAAUGCAGUUGUUCCGACGCCGUGAGGUUGUUCAACGCCAAAGACUUCAACGCUCCACUCGUGUUUAGCGUGAAGAUUACCAUGGACAAGAAGCCCAAGAUCAUCACUUCCUCGAAGAUGCGGUUCACGAUCUUACGAAGCUGCGGACAUUUAAUGGCGGCGCGAAUGUGGUGGAUAAGUCGGUCCACCCCGAUCGACACGGCCACGAUCACGGUCAGUAGAAACACGGCAGUGCGGAGGUUCUCGUGCAGGCAUUGAGUGUUGCCUACCCCCAAGAACGAGGCCGAGUUGUUGCAGUGUGGGUUUCCCUCUUCGUCUCCUCCUGCCAGCAGUCGCUGUACGUCGUUAUGGACAUCCAGAGGCGUCUUCAGGCCUCGAAGCAGCGUCUGGCCGUUGACAUUGUCCAGUGUAAGUAGAACUGCGAGUAGCGCGGAAGACUUGACGGGUAAACGAGUGCUGGUAGGACGAGCGCGGCGCCGAGUUCUCCCUGAGGUGGGGAGACACAUGUCAACGUCCAUUGUUAGGUGGUGGGUGGUGUAUUGUUCGAUGGAAGGUCGCAGACUGUGAGCAACAAGGCAAAAGGAGAAGUGAAGUCUGUGCCUAAUUCGUAGAUCAAUCGCCUUGUUGUUUAUUUUUUACGUCGCUUCACCAAGCGGAAGCAGAGUGAAUGUCAAAACGAUCACAAUAGAAGCGCGGUGGUUACAGCUGGUCUGCAAAAUGCGGUGUGUGCGGGCAACGGCUGGGCUGGCAACGACAGGUUGAAGAGGAAAGACCGCAUUUUGACAGCGCUGUCUACCCACAAAAGCUAGCGAUCGUGUUGCGG